UGGGUUAGAAACUUCAAAUAUUUGGGAAAGAAAAGGUUAUCAAGAUGAAUGACCUAUUCUCUAGCUCUUUCAAGCAAUAUCAAAAUGAUGUUGAGGCCGGGGGUGGCCCUGGCAAUGACGCAAUUGAUCUUGAUCAGUUCUUCCUAGAUGUGGAGAAUGUAAAAGAAGACAUGGCAAGUGUCGAAAAAUUGUAUAAAAAGCUACAAGAAUCAAAUGAGGAAAGUAAAACGGUCCAUAAUGCUAAGACAAUGAAACAACUCCGGGCCAAGAUGGACUCGGACGUGGAGCAGGUCUUGAAGCGUGUAAAGGUCAUUAAGGGGAAGCUCGUAGCCCUUGACAAGUCAAAUGUUGAGCAUCGGAAGGUUCCUGGUUGUGGUCCUGGCUCUUCAACUGAUAGAACCCGUACGUCAGUUGUUAGUGGGUUGGGCAAGAAGCUGAAAACCAUGAUGGAUGACUUUCAGUCAUUACGAACUCGGAUGAAUGAAGAAUACAAAGAGACAGUUGGGAGAAGAUAUUUUACAAUAACAGGAGAGAAAGCAAACGAUGAAUUAAUUGAAAAUUUAAUAUCUAGUGGAGAAGGCGAGGAUUUUAUGCAGAAAGCCAUACAGGAGCAGGGCCGUGGCCAAAUUAUGGACACAAUCUCAGAAAUCCAAGAAAGACAUGAUGCAGUCAAAGAUAUCGAGAAAAACUUGAUAGAACUCCACCAAAUCUUUUUGGACAUGGCCGCGCUAGUAGAAGCUCAAGGACAACAAUUAAACGACAUAGAGAGUCAUGUUGCCCACGCAAGUUCAUUUGUCCAUCGUGGAACCGAGCAAUUAGUGGAAGCAAGGGAGUUGCAAAAGAGCUCGAGGAAAUGUACUUGCAUCGCCGUCGCCCUCGCUCUUGUCUUAGUUAUCGUUGCAUUUUACCCUGUUUGGUUCCCCAUGUUGAUGAGGCCUUAA